AUGGGGAAAGAUUAUGCUAAUAAUCAAGAAAAUUUCCAGCUUUUGGGAGCAGAAUACACUUCAGCAGUUAGAAGCAACAGCUGGAUAAUUUCCCCGUCGGAUUGCCGGAAAAAGUUCCAACGUCCGGAAGAUCAACUAAGAGAGAUCGAAGUUCUCAUAAUCUCAGCUCAAGACCUCAAGAACGUGAAGCACUUGACCAAAAUGAAAGCAUACGCGGUUGUCUAUGUGGAGAAAGACCACGUGGCGAAAACCCACCUGGACGAGCAUGGAGGGACCAACCCCACAUGGAACGAAGUGAUGAAGGUGAAGUUCCACGCAAAGCUGCCUGAGAACGAUGUGUUGGCGGCUCUGAACGUUGACAUAUACGCGCAUGGUCACGUGAGGGAGAAGCCUGUAGGGAGUGCAAGAGUUUUGCUUUGCGAUGUCUUGAAAGGAGGGGAUAAUUCGGAGCCAGUUGAUAACCCCAUCCAGUGCUUGACGGUGCAGGUCUGGAGGAGUUCGGGUAGGCCUCAGGGGUUGCUUAACUUAUGGGUUCCGCCGACAGGGAGGUUCUUGAUGAGGAGGGAGUCCUUGUCGCUUAGCAUGAAGGAGGUGGAGGAGGAAGAGAUGGUUGAAAGAAAGAUGGAACUGGCGCUUGGGACCGGGGCGGCGGAAACGAGGGUGAGUAGUGGCAGUGACGGUGGUUGA